GGCCACUUGGUUUGUAGGAGGGGCUGCAAGCCUCUGGCUCUCCACCUCCCUCCCCCUGGCCGAUCACAGGACCACUACUACUGCAGCUCCACUGGUGGUGCUGGGAGAAGAGAGGAGAAGAGAGCAGAGGAGAGCAGACGCACAGACAGACAGACACGCUUGCCUAGUGCCACACAGCAGGAGCCAGCCUGACUCACGUUCUGACUCAACCCUAUCAUCUCUGCCUGUACCUGUACUCAACUCUACUCAACUCUACAACCACCCUGACAAAUCACCCUGUCCCCUCCUCCUUUUGCCUUCUGAGGACCUUAAAUUAGUUAACCACGAGUGACAGAGAGGAUUCUUUGGGGGUCUCAAACUUUGGAACUAAGUCAAACGAAACGGUUAAGGAGCACUGCCUGCUUUUUCGUGCGUCAGUUUCACAGGAGUUUGCUCCUUUUAAGAGACAACACCUACUGCGCAAGAUACCUUCUUUUUUAAAAUAAAAAAAAGAGGUUGCUGAUUUCCGGAGUGCAUUCUUCCAACAUUGAAUAUUGAAUGAGAAGAUGCUCAAUGCUGCUGGGACGCUGCUCUUGGGUUGUUGCCUGACCCUGGGACUUGGCUACAGGAUGGCUCCACCGGCAUCCUCCAACUCCAACUCCAACGGGGGGAAGAGGCAGUUUCAGAUCCAGAACGGGCCGUGCAGCUACACGUUCCUGCUACCGGAGCAGGACAACUGCAGGUCAUCAUCAUCAUCAUCAUCAGGUGCGGCUGCUGCUCCUGCUGCUGCUGCGGAGCCAGACAACAACCAGGUGCAGAAGGACGACCCGGACGACUACGAGUCCGUCCAGAGGCUGGAGCAGCUCGAGGGGAUCAUGGAGAAUAAUACCCAAAGGCUUCUGCAGCUGGAGAACUACAUCCAGGAGAACAUGAAGCAGGAGAUUGCCCAGAUACAGCAGCACGCGGUGCAGAACCACACGGCGGCCAUCAUCGAGAUAGGCACCAACCUGCUCAGCCAGACCGUGGAACAGACACUGAAGCUGACCAACGUCGAAGCACGGGUCAUCAAUCAAACCACUCAACUGCAACUUCAGCUUCACGAGAACUCGCUGUCCACCAACAAACUGGAGAAGCAGAUCAUCCUCCAAACCAACGAGAUCAGCAAGCUGAACGAAAAGAACAGCUUCCUGGAGAAGCGUGUGCAGGAGAUGGAGGACCAGCGCGUGACGGAGCUGAAGGGCCUGCGUGCGGAGAAGGAGCAGCUGAAGCAGCUGGUGCAGCGCCAGACGGCCGUCAUCUCCACGCUGGAGACGCAGCUGCUGCACGCCGCCACCAACAGCAGCGCACUGCAGCAGCAGCAGCAGGAGCUCAUGGACCUGCUCAACAACAUCAUCGCCACAUCCACCAUGAUGAGGCCUGCCAUGCUGCAGGACGGUGCAGCUGUCCCGACCGUGUUCAGAGACUGCGCAGCAGUGUUCAAAUCUGGCAACACAAAGAGCGGGGUCUACACACUGAAUCUGCCUGGUGUUUCACAGCCUGUCAAGGCCUAUUGUGACAUGGAGACGGACGGAGGUGGAUGGACAGUUCUUCAGAAAAGGUUCGACGGACAUGUUGACUUUCACCGGACGUGGAAAGAGUACAAAACGGGUUUUGGGGACGUCUCAGGAGAGCACUGGCUUGGGAACGACUACAUUGCACAGAUGACGGCCGAUCACACACACGUCCUGAGGAUCGACAUGGAGGACUGGGAGGGCAGCUCUGCAUUCUCGCAGUACGACGAAUUCUCAAUCGGAGACGAAUCGCAAAAUUACAGGAUAUACCUAAAGGGCUACAGUGGAAGUGCCGGAAAAAUCAGUAGCCUUGGUCAGCCCGGAAGUGACUUCAGCACAAAGGAUGCGGACAACGACAAAUGCGUGUGCAAGUGUUCACAGCUGACCUCAGGAGGAUGGUGGUUUGAUGCGUGCGGCCCAUCGAACCUGAACGGCAUAUACUACCAACAGGGCCAGAACACCAACCGCUUCAACGGGAUCAAAUGGUACUACUGGAAAGGCUCCGGCUACUCACUCAAGGCCACCACCAUGAUGAUCCGACCAGCCGACUUCCAACAGACUCCUCUCAAGUGAAAAAAGUAAAACGCUCCAAGACUUGAGGAGAAGCGAGACUGACACGACGACACAAGUCAAAAAAUGUCCAGCAGUUAGUUGCCAGGUUGUGCUGGUGCAGAAGACGGAGGAGAUGCCGGUGACUUUUCAGAGACAAAAGAACAUUGUUCCUGAAAGGACUGAUAAUGGCCAACGACAGCACUUGAGAUGGAUGGAGUUACAGACUCAUGAGGGUUUGGCUGGUCAUGCCUUCGUGAAAAUUAACGUUUUGCGUUUCUGACGUAGUGUGUCUUUCUUCCCUAGAGUGGCAUUACAGCAUUUAAUUUGCCAAAUUAUUAAGACAAAAUACUUUUUACAGACAGUCUCAGCGAUCAUUCUUUCGGAAGCAUAUUUAUUUAUUUCAGAGCACAUUGUAAAUAUGUUGAUUUCCUGAUUUUAUGAGGGUUUUAAAACCCAGAAAUUAACCAUGGUACAGAGAGUAAAACCUUGAGCAUAUUGUAGUGUAAAAACAAAAGAAACAAAUUGCACAGAGACCAGCCUGGUCCAGCCUUCUUGGUAGCAGUAAACACUUUAUGGCACACGGUUUGUGUCCUACGUUAUAGCACCCCAGUCCCCAAAAAUGUAAACGUGUCCCCAUAGGGGCAUAUUACAGGUUUUGUAGGGAAUGCCAUCGUUACAUUUGUUUGUAACACUGGAAAUAUAUUUAAUUGAAAGAUUAUUCUUCUGUUGCUGCUGCUGUUGAUAGCCUAAAACUGUACAAAUGAUCGCGCAAAAACAAACGUUCUGCUGUUAGGGCUUAGAACUUUUAGGUGUUAGUUAUGAAGUAAGCAAUUAAUCAUUCAUUUCAGAAAUAGCUUUCUUUGUUUUCAGUGAUAACUUUCUGUACUUUCCUCUGUUUACUGAACUCUUUAUCAAUUAGAAUUUUAUAAUUUAUUUCUGUUUUAUUUUGAAAUGACAGUUAUUGUUAAUUUAUUUUUUACAUUCUUCUUUAGGGUUUCUUAUCUCUGCCUGGUUUUGAAUGUUCAUAAACACAUUUUUUUAAAGUGCCCGGAUAUUGGAUCAAAGUUGUCAAUGUGUUAAUCUGUUGUUUAUAAUGUCUAGUUUACAUGAAAUUUUACAUGAAAAGUUUUUGAACUGAUCAUUUACAAAAAAUGUGUUCACAUUCAGUUUUUGUAAAGACAAGUAUAAUAAACAACAAACAAAACAAUAAAACAAUCCAUGUAUGAU